AUUUGGCGCGUUCACUAAACUUGCACUCAACCUCAGUCCAAGUUCACUUGCGUUCUCACUAAAUUUCAAGCCAACAACGAAUUAUCUUGGUCAGAAUCUACAGCGUCCGCAAGCAUCGAGAUUGAGUUCUUACUGCGUAAAUGAAUCUCGACCAACAAAAUAGGGACCAAUACUAAUCUCGAAAUUCCUUGCUCUCCAAUAUCCGACUUGAGAUCAUCACCAGAAAGGGGUUGAGAAGAGAGUGACCAAGUGGUCGCCAUAUCAGAGGUGCCCUCUCUGAUACUCAUCAAGUACAAUAAGGAGAUAACAUUGCUGUUCGAUCAAAGUAUUCAUUUGCCUCAUCCCAGCUGUAUAGGUAGCAAGAUCUACACAGCCACAUCUAAAGCAUCUGUUCCCAGCAUCAACAUACUAUUCUCACCACCAUUCACAAUGCCACCUCGCAAGUCUAGCUCGCGAAAAAGCGACACUUCAACUGCACGAUUUGUCCCGAUGGAUGAUGUGUCACCCUCGGAGCAAAGUCCAGCACCCGCUCCGACACAUGACAACGAUUCCAUGGCCACACAAGUACCUGCACCAGCACCAGCACCAGCACCCCCAGCUGCCAGUGAGACUGCUGCUACGGAAGCUGAAGCGGAUUCUUCUAUGGCCCAGAAUGGAGACAAGAAGGACAAGGACAAGGACAAGGAUAAAGAGCAUAAGGAGCACAUCACCAUCGAGGACUUGACCCUUCCAAAGUCUAUAAUAACCCGUCUGUCCAAGGGUGUUCUACCCCCCAACACACAGAUCCAGGCCAAUGCCAUCAUGGCUCUAAGCCAGAGCACCACAGUGUUUAUCAACUACCUAGCGUCUCACGCCAAUGAAAACACAGUAAAUGCAGGCAAAAAGACAAUCUCCCCUGCAGAUGUCUUCAAGGCCCUUGAGGAGACCGAGUUUGCGUUUCUUAAAGAACCUCUUGAAGCUGAAUUUGCCAAGUUCAACGCUAUCCAGACUGAAAAGCGCACAUCCUACCGUCAAAAAGUCCGCGCCAAAAAGUCAGACGGGCCAGACACUGACAUGCCAGACACCUCCAACAUGGAGACCGACGCAGACACGACAGCUGUCUCAACAGGCCCUCUAACUAAGCGCCCUCGUGUAGAGCCUGGAAACGCAGAGGCGGAGGAGGAUGCCGUGACGGAGGAUGAGGUUGAGAUCCCCGAAGAUUCAGAGGACGACGAGGUCGAAGAAGAAGACGAGGAGGAGGCAGAAGCUAGCGGCGAUGAUACCCAGGAUGCCCUUGAGCUCAAGGAAGGGAGAGAGGAGAGAGACGAGGCAUUGGAUGGGGAUGAGAGUGAUUAGAAAAAUGUAGUUAGCCAUUCGGCCUAGGGGUUGGAUGAACGACUCUGGUGUUCAUGGUGCCACUGUCACACAAUUUAUUGACACGCUAUUCUAGUUUA